ACGACGAAAAAAACGCAACAUGGUGGUGUUUUCCAUUUUAGCAACAACAAAAACCAUAUAGAAAUUGGUUGAAUAUGAAACAAAUAGAACCAGCGACUAAAAGAAAACUUGAGCAAAAACACAAGGCAUAACACAUUAAAUGUGUCUCCUCUCGACUACUUUAAUUUUGUUCAAUAAACUUAACAUUAACCAAACAACAAAUACAUAGUUUAUAAAAUGUUAAAUAUAUCGUAAAAUCAACAAGAACUGCUAACUAAAAUUAUUAUUAUUUCUUCGUUAAAUUUUCAAUAUUUUUCAAUAAUUCUUCUAAACCAUCACCACACUCUACGUCAUGAUUAUUAUUUAUGUUUUAAUUUUUUGAAACAAUUUUGAAACAACGAAAAUUUAAACAAAAAGAAAAAAACCAAAAUAAUGCACAAAAUAUUAAAAUAUAAUAGAAAAGAAAAUCUUAAAAUUUAAGUAAAAAAAAGACAAUAAUAAAUUAUAAAUAAUAAAAACAGCAACAACAACAAAAAAAAAGCAACAAACAUGUUCGAUAUUCGUUGAGUUCCUAUUAAUGCACGGCUGAAACGACAACAACAAAUAUAAAAACAAAACAAAAAGAAACUCUCACAUAUAUACAUCACACUCAAACAAACACACUUACUUACUCACUCACUCUCUCUCUCUCUUUCCCUCACCAUAAAUAAAUGGCUUUGAUGAUAAAAAUGAUGUUGCCAGCAAAUAAACAAACAUCAACAUCAGCAGCAUCAACAACCACUAUUAUUACUACUACAACAACAACAACAACAACUAAAACAUCUCCUACUACUAACAACACCAACAACUUCAGCAAUAAUAAACAAAUAUUGAUGAUGAGACGACGAGCUUGAAAUGAACUUUUAUUAGCAAAAAAGCAUUAAAAAAACUUUGAAAUCAAACCUUAACAACGACAAGGAAAAUCAAAAAAAAACAACCAACUAAACUUAUUAAGGAUUCUACUGCACUCUGUAUCACUACUCCUGUUUUUCAUUUCCUUCUGUUGCAGAUUUGUGUUUUUUUUCAUUCUCUAUGUUUGGUUUCAGCAACACAAUUUUGAAUAUUUGAGACUUAUCACUCCAUCAUCAACAACAACUUUCAUAUAAUUCUAGCGGAAAAAAAGCUCAAAAUAAAAAUUACACACCCAAAGUCUUCCAAAAGCUUAAAAUUACAAAAGGAAAUUUUUAUAAAAAAAAAACAAACCAAGAAAAGCUGCAACAAAAAACAAAACUGAAUUAACAGUUUAAAACCAAAAAACCAAAAACAAAAAAAAAACACAAUAAAGCCUUUAACAAGGCAUGUUUAUACCUGAUUCUUUACGUAGCUGUAUGAUCGAGACGGACGUUAAUUCUUAUCUACAAACAUCAUCCUCAGGACAGGAUGAGUUUCAUCCGUUCAUUGAAGCCCUACUACCGUAUGUCAAAUCAUUUUCGUAUUCCUGGUUUAAUUUACAAGCAGCCAAGCGAAAAUACUACAAAAAGCAUGAGAAACGCAUGUCACUGGAGGAGGAGAGACAUUGUAAAGAUGAGUUACAGAACGAAAAAGCCGAAGUUAAACAGAAAUGGGCCUCUCGCCUAUUGGGCAAACUGCGCAAAGACAUAACGCAAGAAUGUCGCGAAGAUUUCGUACAAUCCAUAACGGGUAAACGUAAAUCGAUAUGUGUUCUCUCCAAUCCCGAUCAAAAAGGCAAAAUGCGGCGCAUUGACUGCCUGCGUCAAGCAGACAAAGUAUGGCGUUUGGAUUUAGUGAUGGUCAUACUCUUCAAAGCCAUACCUUUGGAGAGUACGGAUGGUGAGCGUUUGGAAAAGUCGCCAGAGUGCAUACAUCCAGCCUUGUGUGUCAAUCCUUAUCACAUCAAUGUAUCGGUGCGUGAAUUAGACCUAUAUUUGGCCAAUUUCAUCAACACACAUGAUCCGCUAAGUAGUCCCACGUCUACGUCACCGCAUCCGGGCACGCCUACCACACCUUCUCUCAUGCUGUACAGUAACGAGCAUAACAACAACAAUAAUAACAACAAUCCAGCCGACAAUAAGAAACACGCCGACGAUGAGCGUAAAACGAAAGGUAUGUAUGAAGAGCAAGAGUUGAAAUUUUCUUUGUUUGCGAAGACUAACAAUGAGCACUACCACUACCAUCACUCUCAAUCAGAUGUAGAGAGCACACCAUUUGCUGGCUACAGUCAUAAUCCCUACAAUGGUGUGGUUUGUAAUGAUAUUAUCUUGGCCACUGGGGUAUUCUCUUCCAAGGAACUGUGGAAGUUAUCAAAAGCUUCCAUACUGGAAGAAACCACCAAUGAUCUCAUACAGGCCAGUUCCAUCAAACUGGAACAUCCAACGGCGGCCUAUGAAUGCCAAACAUAUCAAAUGACAGCCUCUGCGGCGCCUUUGGGUUCGGUGGUGGGUGGAGUGAAUAGUUUGAGUUCGGCUGGGGGAGGUGGCAUGGUAACGGGCGCCGAUGGUCGAUCCUCAGUUAGUGCUUCCAUGGUUUUGCCCUCCGGCUAUAGCAUUGAUUUUGUGGAUCCGCGCAGCAGCAUGCAUCUAACCAACUCUUCUUUGUUGCGUGCUGCGGCCGCUGCUUCUUGUAAAACUGAUCCCAAUGGUUCGCCGCAGGAUUCCGUGGGCGGACCCAGCAGUUUUUCUGUGAUAUUGAGGCAAAAUGAAGACAAUGGCAGCAACAAUGGUGGCUCCAACAAUGAUGAUGUGGCUCUGCAAAGAUACACUCCUACCAGCAACAGGGUGUUGCUAAGCAUGGGACAAAUGAGACCAGGAGAAGUGUUAAUGCAACAUAAUGUGAGUUCUUCAUUGGUGCCAAAUUCCGUUAGUCCGGCUUUGUAUUAUCCACAACACAACAGUCCAUCCGCCAAUCCUGCAGACAAUUCCGAAGAAGCUCAACACCAGCAGCAGCAGCAGCAACAUCAACAGCACCAACAACAGCAGCAGCAGCAACAACAGCAGCAGCAACAUCAACAACAACAUCAUCACCAGCAGCACUUGCAUCACUCGCAAACCUCUUCUACACCCAAAUAUGCCACAGAGGUCAUAAAUCAUGGCCAGGAUAUGUCCGAGUUUGUGGCAUAUGUCUGCCAAGAUACUUCGGGCCUUAAUCCUUCUGAAGCGGAUUUGCAUGCUCAUCAUCAUCAAUCGUCUUCCCAUUUUCAAUUGCAACAUGCUGCCGCCGCCGCUGCUGUGGGACGUAGUCCCAAAUUGUCGGCGGUUUCAGCAGCUGCAGCAGCCGCUCAUUAUCAGCAAUACAGCACCAUGUUGCCUCCGCCUCCUUUGCCGCCUAUGGCGCGUCCCGUGGCUAUAAUACGUUCUACCGGUGAUUUGACUAUGGUGGCUUCACCGCCCACCUCCGCCAGCAUAUCACCGCCUCCGCUGACCAGUGUCAGCUCGGCUGGAGACUCACCACGUCACCAUCAUCACAGCCACCAGCAAAUGCAGCAACAUCAUGCCCAUCAUCACCACCAUCAUCAUCAACAGCAACAGCAGCAGCAGCAGCAUAGCCAUCAUCAGCAGCAGCAACACACCACCAUAGAUCACAGCACCAGCACUGGCUUGAGUACCAUGUCCUCCAAAAUAACCAACACUACAGCCUCCAGCUCCAAUCAAGACGGCGGCAAUAAUACCAUUACGGUGGGCAGCAGCGCCAACUCUUCUGAUUUGGUGGUGGCCUCAACAUCAUCAGCCUCGCCACCACCAGCUCCUACACAAAGUCCACAAUCUCAUAUCAUUGAUGUGGCCCGCUGCAAGACCUCACCCACUUCGUCCUCGUCAGCCAUAGCGGUGUCCACGCCCACUUCGGCCCUGACACGCAUAUCGGCUCAACCGUAUCCUCAGACAAAUGGACGCGAGUACUUUAAUCAUUUCCAUACACAAACAACACCGCUGCUGGGUUAUACCACCAUGUCGGGUGUCAUUAGUCCCACAAACUUAAGUUUAUAUUCCUCGUCGUCGGGCGUCUCCUCACAUCGCACAACACCCCGUUCACGCUGGAAUCCCUCGUUUCUUUCUAUGGAAGAUGAUUUCAAUAUGAUGGGCCAUACCUUGUCCAGCACAAAUCCUGAGGCUACACCGGUUAUUCUAAUGGAAGAUUCUGGCCGUUACAGUGAUGAGUAUGUCAGCAGUCGUGAUUACGUUACAUGAUUAUAAAUGCAACAAACUUAUUAUAGGCCCUACUAGAACUGCAAAAUAAAGUUAAAUGGAAAAAACUUUAACUAAAAACUGUAAGAAACUUAUAACAAUAUUUAAUGUAUAAUUAAUUUAGAUUUAAAAACAAAAUAUUAUUUAAAAUUAUUAUUUAUAUUUAAGAAUAACCAAAGGAAUGGUUAGAAAAGCCUUUUUUGGGAGUAAAGAAAAAGAGGCUUUAAGUAAAAAAAGGCUCAAUUAAUGAUAAUGUACAACCUAAAGAACCAAUAAUGGCAAGAAAUUUGAAGAAAAAAAAAAACUAAACUAGAACUGCAAUUUAUUAUAAACAAAAACAAGAAAAUGCUAGACAUUAUAUUUAAGAUAUGCCCGUUUAUAUUAUUAUUAUUAUUAUAUACAUUUAUAAUAGGUUUUUUUAUAUAUAUUAUAAAGAAAAUAAUUACUUUAGCAAGUUAGUAAUGAACAGAAAAUUUAACAAACUCCGGCGGCCAUUAAUUAAAUUUAACCUAAAAAAAAUUCAUAAUUUAUUAUAUUGGUGCUUUAUAUUUAAACUAAAAUUUAAACUAGUUUUAAAUAACUAAAAAUAAUAUUAAUUAUGGUUAAACAAAUGAUAAUUAAAGCUCUUUAGAUUUUAAACAAAUGGUUCCUUUAUAAGAAAUUUAAACAAAAAAACUAUAAACAAAAACUAGAAGACAUUUUAAAACUCCUAGAACAUAAAAAAGGAAUAAUACAUUAAAAACAGCUUAAAAUUACAGAAUGCUAAAAAUUAAAACAAAAAACAAACAGAAGGUUACUAAAACUGCAAUAAAUUAUAAAGAGAAUUAAAAAAUUUUAAGAGAGUUGAAAAAAAUGAUGAAAAUUCUAAAAUAAAAACUAAAAUUGAGUAGAGAGCAUUUAGCACUCAAACAACUAAGCACACUCCCUUACAGUUACAAACAGAGAAAACAUCCAAGCAAAAAAAAGCCAGCAUCACUGAAAUGUUUGUCUUUACCGAAUUCAAUCGCUGCAACUGAAAGUGUUUUCUCUAUUAAUAAAGAAAAAUCCCUUAAAUUAUUAAAAAAAAACUAAAAUAAUAUUCAAAACAAUGAAAAACCUAAAAGAUAGUAAACAGACAAUAGUAGUUUUAACAAAUAAUACCAAUUUAAAUAAACAACAAUAAAAACCAAUUAGUUACUAUUUAUAUAUAGAUAUAUUACUAUAUAUAUACUAUAUAGAAUUAUAUACUUAAAAUACCUAUAUAUAUAUUAAAAAAAAUAUAUUUAUAAAAAACCUACAUUAAACAACAAAAAACUGAAAUUAUAAAAAAACAAAACAACUCCCAUGUAAUUUUUACAUGAUUAUUUAUAAAUAUACACAACAACAAAAGAAAUUAAACUAAAAACCAAGUAGUUAAAAUAACAAAAAUUACCCAGAAAAUCCGAACCUAAAUUAAGUAGACUUUAUAAACAAUAUUUUGAUAAACAAAAUCUUAAUCUUAAUAAGAAAAAAGAAAAUAAUUUAUUUAAAAUACUAAAUGAUUUGAUUGGAAAUUCCUUUUCAGUUCUGAAACAAUUAUAAAUUAUUAUAACCCCUCUUCCUAAGUAACCUUCCGUUUGCAAAACCCAUAAAAUUUAUAUAUUUUGGUUAUUUAUAGAUGUCCAUCUUUAUGUUGAAAUCAUCUUUCCGUAGCCUCCAAAUAACCUACCUACAUGAUACAUACAUCAGUAUAUCCUCUAUAGUACCGGUUGGUAUGCUAUUUAAAAUCGAGAAAAUCGGCCCAUAAAUGGCUGAGAUAUAAGCAAAAAACCACCACAACCUCGAUUUUUUAACUAUAUGUUUAUCUAUAUCUGGAUUAUCAUUAAUUUAGACAAUAUGGAUCUCUAAUGAUAGAUAUUUUAAAGACCUUUUCAAGGAUGUAUAUAAUGUCUUAGUAAAUCGGACCUAAAA